AUGGCGGAGGAGUUUAUGAAUGAUGCAAUGGAGGAGGAGGAGAUGGGCAGAUUAGUGUAUGAUGAUGAUGAUGAAGAUCUAUUGGAGUUUGACGAUCGUUGGUGUCUUGUGGGGAGAUUCCUAACCAAACAGGGAGUAGAUUUUCAGGCUAUGCAACAUAAAAUGGCCACUCUUUGGCAGCCGGGGAGAGGUAUGUAUGUCAAAGAACUCGGUCCAAAUCAUUUUUUCUUUCAAUUUUACCAUGAGGUAGAUAUUGAAAGGGUUAUCGAUGGAAGUCCUUGGACUUUUGAUCGCGCACCAUUGAUUUUUGAAAGGGUGACACCGGGUGCUAAUCCGAGAUCGAUCCCGUUAAACCAACUGGAUUUUGGGAUUCAACUACAUGAUAUGACAUCGGGGUUCAAGUCUGAGAGAGUGGUUCGGGAUGUUGGCAAUUAUAUAGGCAAAUUUGUUAAGUCCGACCCUAACAAUUUUGCGGGUGUGUGGAGGGACUACCUCAGAGUUAGAGUCACAAUUCGGGUGGACAAACCUCUCGAACAAAAGAUGAAACUGGAAAAGAAGAGUGGUGUUUCUUGCAAGAUCCUAUUCAAAUAUGAGGAUCUCCCUACAUUUUGCUUCAUCUGUGGUGUACUUGGCCAUUCGGAACGUUUCUGUGAUAGGUUAUUUGAGACUCCUCUUCAUUUGAUUGACAAGCCGUAUGGCUUGGAGUUAAAGGCAGCCCCGAGGAGACGACACUACACUAUGGGGGCUCAAUGGCUCCGAUCGGCCGUCGUGGCAAAGGCUGGUGCGUCAAGCUCUCAUGGAGGUGAGAGGGGACAACACAAUAAUGAUACAGAGAAAAAUCCGGGGAUGGGGAAUUCGCCAGCAAACAAUCCGAAUAUGAAUAUAGAUUAUGGAAAGAAUCCCACUAAUCAAGCCGCUGAAAGCAAUGGAGACAUAUAUGGCAAGUCAAAAGCCAUUGAAUUGAUUACAGGAUCAAAGGAUAAUGAUGCCGUGCCUAGUAUCCAGGUGGUUGAUUUGAAAAUAAGAAAAACAAUAAUGGACAGUGAUUAUAAUGGGGAGGAGGUUGAUGAGUUGGUUGGGCCAUAUGAUAAAAUGGUCAAUGACGUUAGUGGGGUUGAGUAUGAAGAUGUAAACAUGGGCUUUAAUGAUGGGGUUAAUCAAAAAAACUUCUUUGGGGCGGGUUCUGGUUCUCAGGCCCGCCGGGCAUUAUGA